AUGGAAACUCAAACUCUCACGAACUAUGGGCAAACCAAAGAAAAACACCUCGAAGAUAAACCGAUGGACGUUGUUACAAAUGAAAAACCGGACUCGCCCCAAACCAAGAGUGUUUGUGGAGAAAGCUCAGAAAGUACAAGGUAUAUUGAAAAUCGAAAAAGUCCACCCCACAUAGAAAACAAAGAUUUUCCCCAAGGAGAUUGUGACAAAUUUAGAUUUGAAGAACAUGCAAAUGAAAGUGAAGAUGAUGUCAAUGAAAAUGACUUGGGAAGGAUUGAAGAGGAAAGCGAGGAAGACUGCGAAGAAGAGGAAAAACUGCUGCUUAGUCCAACACGUAGCGAUGAAGAGUAUGACACUGAGGAGGAAGAUUAUUUGAGUGCUGUUAAAGAUACUGACAAAUUUCAUAUUAGAGAUGAAACCGAAAAACUAGAAAGUGAUGACAAACUUAACAUCAGUGAAUCUCCUAUGUUAGAAGAAUCCAAACGAACAAGCUCCCCACCCCAAAUAAAAAUCUCAAAUGAAAGAACAAAUGUGAAAGAUUACAUUGACAAAGGAAACAAAAAAGUUAAUGAACAUGAGAUUGAUAAAAACAAUGAUGUAGAUAAAAUCGAUGAUAAAAAUAAUGAAAAUAAGACAGAUGAAAAAGAUAGUGAAAAUAUUAAUGAAGAUGCUUAUCAGAAUGAUGAGAUUGAUGAAGCAGAGGCUGUAAAAGAAGAAACUGGUGCAGAAAUUGUUGAAAAAAAAGCUACAACUGAAAGAGCAGUUAAUGAUGAUAAUAUUGAGAAAACUGGAUAUGAUAUUGAAAUAACAAGACACUGCAUUGAAAUAACUGAUGUUACUUUUCAUAAUGAGAUUAUGAAUGAAAAAGAUGAAGAUCACAUUGAGGGAAUGAAUGUGGAAGGAGUAGAUUCUUUGGGAGACACUUGUGUAACUGUUGAAAUAGAAGAAACUGAAGAUCUCACCACAGAUAUGUCGGAUCCUUUAAGUACUGAAAAUAAAGAAAAGGAGGUUAAGGAAGUGGAAAAUCCUGCUCUGCCAAGUGAUAAAGAUCAUGAAAACAAACAACAUGGUGACAAGGUUGAAAGGAAAACUACUGCGACUAGAACAGCAAAAAGGAUUCAAGGAGAAAGAGACGCAGAUUGCCCUUUAUUGAGAGAAACUCUUACAAAAUCUGCUGAUUGUGAUAAAUCUAGAGCCUAUGAAGCUGUUGAAAUGGAUGAAGACUUUGAUCCAUCCCUACUCUGUCCAGAAAUGUCUAUGGAAGUAGAUGAGUCUCCUGUUAUAACUGAAAAUG